AUGCCUCCCAGUAGAGCAAACACUAGGAAUGUGAAUGCCAGGAAUGCUAACACAGUUCCUCUAGUCCCAGAUCAGGGAGUUUUGAAUGGACAGUUUCAAAACACCAUUCAAUCUUUCGCUCAAAGUAUGAAUAAUCUAAACAAUAAUGAGGUUGAGGGAGAUAAGCUUAGGGAAAUUGCUAAGGUUACCAAGAAAGCUAGAACUAGGAACUAUGAGUACUCUCAGCAGAAAUCGGGUGGUGGAAAUCACUCACAGUUUCGACAAGAUCAGAAUAGUAGGGCACCAGGCUCUAAGUCUCAGAGGAAGGAAGGAUGUUUUGGGUGUGGCCAGUCUGGUCAUAGGGUGAAGAAUUGCUAUUCUGCCCGGAAGGGGCAAGAAGGUAACAAUACUAAGGCUCAGUCUACAUCUCCACCAGUACCAAAAGGUCACCCAACUCAGCAGGCGAUCAUGCCUCCCCGUAGAUCAAACACUAGGAAUGCGAAUUCCAGGAAUACUAACACAGUUCCUCUAGUCCCAGAUCAGGGAGUUUCGAAUUUUCAGCAGAAAUCAGGUGGUGGAAAUCGCUCACAGUUUCGACAAGAUCAGAAUAGUAGGGUACCAGGCUCUGAGUCUCAGGGAAGUGUUUCAGAAAAUAGGACCUACCCAACUUGUCCAAAGUGUGGUAAGAAUCAUUCCACCGAGUGUCUUGCAGGCAAGGAAAGAUGUUUUGGGUGUGGCCAGUCUGGUCAUAGGGUGAAGAAUUUCUCUUCUGCCGGGAAGGGGCAAGAAGGUAACAAUACUAAAGCUCAGUCUACAGCUCCAACAGUACCGAAAGGUCACCCAACUCAGAAGGGUAACUCUUCUGGUACAUGUGGUGGAAAACGCCAAAACAGGCUCUAUGCUCUUCAGGCUCCCCAGGACCAGGAAUAUUUUGUUGAUGUGAUCACUAGUAUGUUUCGAGUCCUUCUUUAG